UAAGAGUAUAUAACACGAUAAUAAAAGCUAGAAAUAUGAAUUAUAAUUUACAUGAUGAAUAUAUCCACAAACUCAAAGCAGCAGUAAAUAAUGUCUUAAAUACAGAACUGUCAAAAACUGAGGUUGCACGUCUCUAUAAUAUAAAACGUUGUUAUAUAAAUGCGGCCCUCCAGGAAUUCGCACAAUCAAGCAAGGCAAUAGACGAAUGGCAACCGAAACCAAGGAAUCUUUUUACAAAUGAAGUGUUCGACCAAUUAAUUCAACAAUUGUUUAAUUCAUCAUGUUGUACUUGUACGUCUUGUGUAACUCAUCAUCUAGAAAAAAUGGCUUACGAUUGGAUCCAAGAAACUCGAGAAGUUUGUCCAAAAUCGUGGCAAGAAAAACGUGCAGCGAUAGGAUUCGCAUCCAUUUUCGAAAGAAAAAUAAAAAUAAAAAUUUCUGAGUUAUUCCAUUCUUCAAAAUGUGUUUCUGAUUCAUCAAUUUCUCAAUUGGCAAAUCAAUCACAAUCCUCAUUGCUUGAUGUGAAAAAUAUUUCCCAGGUACCGCAAAAUAUAGAAGAUAUAGAUAAAAGUGAUAAAUAUAAACGUGAAUCGAAAGCAACAAUUAGAAAAAGAACAUGGAAAGAAACUACAGAUUUUAAGGUUCCAUCAACUACGCUUAAGGAAAAGUUUUCGAAAUUCGCAAAAUCUACUAAGAUUUCAAAAUCUAAUAAUUUAGAAUCACCCAACAACUCAAGAUUAUUUAAGGAUUCAAUUUCUCAGUCACCGCAAAAUAUAAAAAAAGAAAUGUAUAUAAAAGAUACAAGUAAUAAUGCAGAAGAUAAAAUCAAAAGUGAGGAAUAUCAUCGUACAUUAAUUGCAGCACUAGUUGAUGUUAACUGUGGACAAAAAACUGUGAAAGAAGCUGCGGAUUAUUAUGGGAUAUCAGAAAAAACUCUUCAUAUUGAGUUGCUGGAAUUUGUUAAAUAAAAACAGAAAAGACAAUGUAUAAACCAUCCAUCUUGAAAAAAAUUUGGAGUUUGAUUUUUCCAUCACAAUAAGAACCAAAAUAAUGUACUUCAUAAAAUACUGAUUUCUUCAAUUUUACGUUAAUAUUUUCUCUAAU